AUGUACUCAUUCCACAAUCCUGUGUUCAAGGAGCAUGCGACGGAGGCUGGCAAGAUGAAAAAUCCACCAAAUGCAAUACCUCCACAGAUUUGGUGGGAAAUGGUUCGCAAAUGGUCAAACCCUAGUUGGGUGGAUACAAGUGAUAAGAACAAGGAGAACCGUGAGAAGUGUGAGCUGAAGUCAACUUGUGGUUCUGCUCCCUUGGCAAAGUACAGAUUGGAAGAGAUCAAGAAGACGGGCAGAGAACCGAAUCCUAUUGAGACAUUCAGGAAGUUUUAUUCAACAAAGGAUAAUUUCACCACUCCCAAGGCUCAGGCUCUACAUGCUGGAAUGAAGGCAAAGGAAGUAAAGAAGUUGAGCAAAGGGGAGGAUGUGAACAAUGGCCUAGAUGUGUUUGGCUCUACUUCAAGCCAAGGCUGCAACAAAAAAUGCAAAGAGGAUCAAAGGAUAGAGAAGGAGAAGAGCGAUGAGAAGAUGAGAAUGAUGGAAAAACAGAUCGAGCAGGUGAACCGUAAUAUGCCUCUUGUUGUUGAGGCGACGCUGAAGAGGCUUGGAAUCCAGCUGCCAAAGUCGUCCAAUGCUGCAAACAACAAUGAUAUGGAGGAUGAUGAAGAAGUUGAUGGUGAGGAAGAAGAUGACGACAGUGAAGAUGACGAGGAGGGUGAUGGGACAAACUGA